AUGGCUGGAAUAGCAAGGGGGCCUUCUCUCCAUCGAACAGAUUCUGGUGUGACACCAUUGAUGACGGACAGUGGAGUUUCAUCAUUGAAUGGAAUACAACAAAGAAAAAACUCAUGGCAAGACGGUGUAUCCGGUACCAACUGCCCGAUCCAGCCCGGUAUGAAUUGGACUUACGUUUUCCAAACCAAGGACCAGAUCGGCACCUUCUUCUACUUCCCCUCCCUCAACUUCCACAAGGCCGGUGGAGGCUUCGGCCCAAUCCGAGUUAACAAUCGGGCCGUCAUCGCUGUGCCAUUCCCCAAGCCCGAAGCCGAGUUUGAUCUUCUCAUUGGUGAUUGGUAUCAACAUAAUUUCAAGGAUGUUAGGUCUAAGUUGAACACCACUGUUUGGGCCUAUCACAUGCCCCCUGAUGGGAUGCUUAUGAAUGGGAAAGGUCCAUAUCUGGACCCUUUUACCAAAGCCCACGAAUCCUUCACUGUCACUCAAGGAAAGACAUAUAGAUUUAGGAUAGCAAACGUGGGGAUAGCAUGGAGCAUAAACUUCAGGAUACAAAAGCAUCAAAUGGUGGUGGUUGAAACAGAGGGAUCAUACACCAAUCAAAUAACAUUAGAUUCUCUGGAUGUGCAUGUUGGGCAGUCUUACUCUGUUCUCGUCACAGCAAAUCAAGAAGCUGCAGAUUAUUACAUAGUGGCAAGUCCUAAAUUGUCUAAUGCAACUGAUAAUACCAGUCUUGUGGGAAGAGCAGUACUACACUACGAUAACUCCACAACAACUCCCAAUGGACCUCUCCCAAAAGGUCCCGAUCCAUUUGACCUUGACUUUUCACUCAAUCAAGCUAAAUCCAUAAGAUGGAACUUGACUGCAGGUGCCGCCAGGCCAAACCCUCAAGGAACAUUUAACGUAUCAAACGUGACACUAUCACAAACCUUCAUACUACAAGGAUCAAUAAUUGAUAUCAAUGGUGUUCCACGCUACACCCUCAACAAUGUGUCUUACACUACCCCAGAUACGCCACUCAAAUUGGCUGACAACUUCAUCAAUGGCUCUGACGUCUACAAUCUCGAUGAAUUUCCUGUUAAUUCUUCCAAUCCAGUUGCCGUUGAUGGAACUUUUGUUGCCACCGGAAACCACAAGGGGUGGCUGGAAAUUGUGUUCAAGAAUGAUUUGAAUGUAAUGGACUCUUGGCAUUUGGAUGGGUUCGGCUUCUAUGUUGUUGGGUAUGCAUAUAUCACAAUCAUUAGUCUAUUUACUUUGUUUUAAUUGAAAAUUGUUCCUAGGAUAUGACAUCCUCAUUUUUAAUGUGCAUUCUCCUUGUCUCAAGCUUUCUCCCUAUAUAGGAUUCUUCGCAUCAAAACCCUAUCUAUAGUUCCAAAACAAUCAUUGUACAGGGGAGAAAUAUUCAUUGCUCCUGUACUCCUUGCGACCAAGUUUGUGUUACUCCGAAAGGCGUCGUGUCGUACUACUUGAAAGCACAACUCAGGUGAGCUAACAGGCGAGUGUUGUGCUGGUAAACCCUUCCGACAGUCAAGUUAGCACCCAAAGAAGAUCAAAGGAAUGUAGAGAGAGUAAGAGUGAGAGUGAGAAAUUGUAGACAUUUUCCCCAG